GUACUGGUGCGCGCUGGAGGCAUUUUCCAGUUGAUCGCGCUUCGCAAAAGCGCUUCGGAUGCUCAUCUUUCGCCACAUUUCCCAGUUUGCGUUCUGCGGUGGUCGGCCGGUAGAAAUCCUCUAGAGCUGGCUAGCAAUUAGUAGAGCCUGAACCACCAUGAACCAUCAAAUGAUGAUGGGUAUGGAGAUGCCUCCGUCAAGCGGUAUGUCUCACCACAGCUCGGUCCCAAUGGCAAUGCAGACUCCAGGUCCACAGCGUACCAUCCACGUCCAGCAUCCCGUGGAGGGUAUGGUUGUGCAUGAGUUAGGUCCCCAUGACGUUUUGCUGGGUCGAGGUGGAGGCACCAAUAACUACUGUGGAAAUGUCAAGUUUCGCAAGCUUGUGAAUGAGCACAAGAUGAAGUAUUUGACGGUUAGUAAGGUCGAGAAGCCGAAUGUGGCUCGAGAAGUUGUCGCUAUUUGGAGGAAGCUGAACCCUCCUGGUCGCUUUCUAGCAAAGCAAGAAGACCCAAACGCCAAGAGACAGCAGGAGGGAUCUAACGGCUCUGAUGGGGGGCAACAACAACAGCCUCCUAAGCCAAGACAGGUGUGGGUAGAAGUGGGAAACCAGAAAGCACGGGAAAAGGCAUCUCAGUGUCUUCGAGAACGAACACCAGAUGUUCUGCCUCUGAUUCGGCAAAUGAAGGAACAGGCACAGCAACAAGUGACAGAAGGGAAAAGACGGGUUGCUUCAGGUUCAAGGGACAGCAGUAACGAUACUGCACAGUCUAGAACAAAGAGCAAGAGCCCCAGACCCCAUAGUAACAAAAGUAGUUCGAAUACAAACGAGCAAACACUGACUAAUCCUCGAUCCAGGUCAAACUCGCCCACUGAUAAAGGCGACGAAGCUAACUCAAAGGUACGCGCAAGGUCCAAAACUCCCGGAAGACAAUCCAAAAAGGUAGCACGCCUGGAUAGCAAGGCAAAGAAACAAAAGCAGGGAACAGAGUCUUCAGAUGACAUUGACAAGGCAGGUCCCGACCAAGAUGGCAGGAGGCAAACUACCGGGCCCGGUCCGGCAUUCAUGCCUGGGGGACUCACUCCUCCUCAUACUGCCAGGACCAUGGACAUGUGCAUCAACCCCAUGGCAAUGAACAUGGCACCGGACGGUAUGUCGAUGAUGUAUCCAUCGCCGAUGAUGAUGGAUAAGACCAUGAUGCGUCGCAAUAGCAUGCCGAAUGAGUGCACUCCUCAACAUCCCUCCUCAUUCAUGAACCGAAGAGGCAGUCUUCCGGCCGCCAUGCAAGCAUCCAUGGGUCAAAUGGGGACACAAACUCACCAUGGAAUGGCCAUGAACAUGUCGUCCUUCUCUCCAAAUGCUACGGCGAUGAUGCAAAUGCAAGGCAUGGGAAUGGGGAUGGGACCCGCAGGGGCUGCUGGAAUGGGCUUCGGAUCAGCGGCUUUCGGGAACAAUGGAACUCCAUUUGGAAUGCCAGGUGUCAUGCCCCCAAUGUCGCCCGCAGAUGCGGCUGCCUUUCAUAAUGGCGUCCCUUUCAUGGAUCCUCUUCAAGCACAACAGUUCUCCCAACAUGCACACCCCAUGAUGGGGCCUAUGCAAUGUUCCAUGUACUCGGUACAGCAACAGCAACUCAAGCUGCAGCAGAUGCAGAUGGAGCAGAAUCGAUUGAGGCAGCAAUUGGACGCCCAAUUGCAGAUGGAGCGUGAGAUGCAAAUUCAACACGGCAUGAAUCCUAGCUCCAUGGGUCGAGGAAUGGCCUAUGAUUCACAUGCGCAGUCACAGCAUUCCAACGGUCGCGGUGUCGAAGCUCCAGGGUUUCUGCCUAACUCAGCCAGAGGGGAACACAUUGACCCUCUUCCACUGGACUCGGAAGAACGAAACGGUGACAACGAUAACACCCCACAAGAAGAUAUACCUAUACCUCCGACCUAUCAACCUCCCCCACGAGGGUCCAGAGGUUCCGACCCUCCAACUGCUGCUGCAGUAGCCGCCGGGAACACGAACAGCCCAAGUCCCGACGACAACCUCGGAUCCAAGCUGGCUCCGGCGCAAGUAUCUCCUGACAUUCCACGCGAUGUCAUACCUUCAGAGAUUACAAGAGCAGUGCUUCCCACCAUACCGCAAGAUGUGCAUCGAGAAGCGGUUGCGGUUGCGCCUUCUAACGAUCGGGAAAGAACAUCGGACCCAGAUGGUGAAAUGACUCUUGCCGAAUAUCGUCGGACGCUGGAUGCUUAUGUGUCCACCAAUAACAUCACCAUCACAGACCAAAUAUACUCCGAUAACGAAGGCGAUGACCAUUGCAACGAGCACCAGGGUGGCAACGACGAUCUAAUGUCGGUGCGAAGCUUUGGUGACUGGCGGUAUGGUCAUCUCCGGGCUUCGCCUUCAAGAAGCACCAUGGGAAGCGUCUCUGAAAGCCGCAAUGAGGAUCCCCGUCCGGAUCCUCCUGCUGUGGGGACACCAGGGCGCGCACCCCCACGUAUACAGCGAGUGAACCGGCAACAAGCAGGUGGUUUUCGAUCUUCAUUCACCAGUCUCAGUGGCAUGAGUGUUCUGUCGGCAAAUGGUGACGAUAGGGACGAUGUAAGCACCACUGGGAAGGGUGGAAACAAGAACUUCUCUUCCAAUGAGUCGAUCGUCUCCGAGAUUACUGUUCUCAGUCACACAAUCGACGAUUUGGGGUUGGGAGACGAUGAGUAAACAUCUUUUUACAUGACAUUGAAAGUAUACAUUUACUUUUGCAGAACGAGUGGGCGCACGAGCGCUCUCUGUUCUGCUUUGCAAAAGUUAGAACUGCAUAAUAGAGUUUUGUUACCUGACUCCUACUAGGUGCGAAUUAUUGUUCAUGUAGGCCUCGCGAGAAACGUGUGGGAUAUUCAGACG